GCUGGAGCACAGGGGUUAAUAAUUCUGUAGCAGCCUCUCUCUCUCUCUUUCUCUCUCUCUCUCUCUUUCUCUCUCUUCUGUUGCUAAGUGUGAAUAUAUAGCAGGGCUCAGCACACUGUUGCCCUUUAUCUUCCAAUAAACAUCCUCCCCUUCCUCUUCUCCUCCCAAGCAAAGCACAUGUCCCUGUAGUACUACAGAGGAGGACCUGGUGGGGGGGAGAAGGAGGAAGAGGAGGAGGAGAGUUCUUGAGAGAAAAGAGCUCUUUGCAGGACUGCAGUCUCCUUGCCACCUGGGAUGGGCACAGCUCCACGGCUCCCCGCUGAAUUGCUAAACUGCCACCUGCUUCUGAGCAUCGUUCAGCCUGGCGGGAUCCUCAGAACCAGGAGGUAAGCAAAAUUUGCUCACGCUCACCGGCUCACCGACUUCUGGCCGUGCGUGAAGAAUCUCAACUCCGCUGGCCCCACGCCCCCUGAUCCCUCUUGCUGACCUGUGCUUGGGCCUCAACUAGACACGUCUCAGUGGAAGGAGCCACCCCCCAACCAUUUGGAGCCAUGAAUUUCCUCCGGCGGCGCCUGUCCGACAGCAGCUUCGUGGCCAACCUGCCCAAUGGCUACAUGACGGACAUGCAGCGCCCAGAGAGCUCCACCAGCUCCCCCGCUUCCCCGGCCACGGAGAGGAGACACCCUCAGCCUCUGGCUGCCUCCUUCUCCUCUCCAGGGUCCAGCCUGUUCAGCUCCUUCUCCAGUGCCAUGAAGCCACCCCCUCAGGUCCCCUCGGGACUGAUGGAACCCCUGGCUCCCUCCACACCUGUGGUGCAGAGACCCCGGAUCCUGCUGGUGAUUGAUGAUGCCCACACAGACUGGUCCAAGUACUUCCACGGGAAGAAGGUGAACGGUGAGAUUGAGAUCAGAGUGGAACAGGCUGAGUUCUCAGAGUUGAACCUGGCUGCCUAUGUGACGGGGGGCUGCAUGGUGGACAUGCAGGUCGUGAGAAAUGGGACCAAAGUUGUGAGAUCCUUCAAGCCAGACUUCAUCCUGGUCCGCCAGCAUGCCUAUAGCAUGGCCCUGGCUGAGGAUUACCGCAGCCUGGUCAUUGGCCUCCAGUACGGAGGGCUGCCUGCUGUCAACUCGCUCUACUCUGUGUACAACUUCUGCAGCAAGCCCUGGGUGUUCUCUCAGCUCAUUAAGAUCUUCCAUUCCCUGGGUCCUGAGAAAUUCCCACUCGUGGAGCAAACAUUUUUCCCCAACCACAAGCCAAUGCUCGCGGCCCCACACUUCCCCGUGGUGAUCAAGCUGGGACAUGCCCAUGCUGGCAUGGGAAAGAUCAAAGUAGAAAAUCAGCAUGACUACCAGGACAUCACCAGCGUCGUGGCCAUGGCCAAAACCUACGCCACCACUGAGGCCUUCAUCGAUUCCAAGUACGACAUCCGCAUCCAGAAAAUAGGAUCCAACUACAAGGCGUACAUGAGAACUUCCAUCUCUGGAAACUGGAAAGCCAACACGGGUUCUGCCAUGCUGGAGCAGGUGGCCAUGACAGAGAGGUACAGACUGUGGGUGGACAGCUGCUCAGAAAUGUUCGGUGGUCUGGACAUCUGUGCUGUCAAGGCGGUGCACAGCAAGGACGGCAGAGAUUACAUUAUUGAGGUCAUGGACAGCUCCAUGCCCUUGAUUGGCGAGCACGUGGAAGAGGACAGACAGUUGAUAGCCGACCUUGUCGUCUCCAAGAUGAGCCAACUCUUGGUGCCGGGUGGCUCAGUGCCCUCACCCCUGAGACCGUGGGCUCCGCAGACUAAACCUGCAAAAUCCCCGGGGCAAGGCCAGCUGGGGCCUCAGCUAGGACAGCCCCAGCCGCGGCCCCCUCCACAAGGGGGCCCUCGUCAAGCUCAGUCCCCUCAACCCCCCAGAUCCAGGAGCCCCUCCCAACAGAGGCUCUCCCCACAAGGCCAGCAGCCCCUGAGCCCCCAGUCGGGAUCUCCACAGCAGCAAAGGUCCCCGGGCUCUCCGCAGCUAACCCGGGCAUCCUGCAGCAGCUCUCCGAGUCAGGCCUCCAAGCCCGGCGCCAGCCUCAGCUCCCAGCACCGGCCCCCUGCGCAGGGCCGCAGCACCUCCCAGCAGGGCGAGGAGCCCCAGAAACCAGCUCCGCCUCACCCCCACCUCAACAAAUCCCAGUCCCUGACCAACAGCCUCAGCACGUCCGACGCCUCCCAGCGAGGGACCCCAAGUGAAGACGAGGCCAAGGCCGAGACCAUCCGCAACCUGAGGAAGUCCUUCGCCAGCCUCUUCUCCGACUAGCCACGCCCAGGCAGGAGGGCAGGAGGGCUCCAUGAUGGGUACUUUUCUCCUGCCUCCUCCUCUUCCUCUCUGGUUCCUGGAGAGAAUACGCAUCCUACAUGCCUCGGAACCAGGAACCGCUUGUACGUGAAAUUCCCGUCUCCUUGACCAUGACAUGCCAAUGCCAUGUGACUAAGCAGCAGCCUUGGAGAGCCCCUAAGGCUCCUCAGAACGGGCCUCCUAGACUGACAUGGCAUCACUAGACCCACCAUGUGCUUGCACCCCUGCCUCCGAUACCAAGUGAGAUGUGUGUGUGGCUUGUUCUCAUUCUUAUCAGCAUUCUGCUUGCCUGUGGGCAGAGGCCCCCUUCCAGGCCUUGACCCACCCCCUCUCAUCAAAUGCAGACAUUAUAUUUGGACCUCAGCAACACAGGAGGCAAUAAUUUUUAAUAAUGUUUUUACAAACUAAUAGAAAAUAAAAAAUAGAAAGGCCCAGCCCAGGAACCCACCACUUACCUCCGCAAGAUCGCGUGGACCUUGUUUGAGACCUCCCCUGGGAACAGGCAGGCGAAGGCUCCAUCACAGGUGGCCCCCAGGGGACCUCGACGUCAGCAGGAUGAAGCCAGACCCUAUGCAACAAGCGGAGCCUUUCAGAACCGAAAUGGACGGACACCCACGUCAUGCCACCCGCGCUCAGAGCCGAUAGCAGAGCGCAGUCCUUGCAGAAAGCCUCACAGAGGAGAGGAAGCCUCGUGAGCUCCCUGGGGAGAGGGUCGCAGGGACGUUCUGCCUCCCCGACAUUCCACAGAGGGUGCUCUUCCCUCCCCGAGGCCACAUGGGCGCUCAGAGAACAGACAGGUCCUGGGCACAGGAUCAGAAGGUGCCCAUCCCGUAUAGCAAGGUGUCAGUAGGCCACUGGCUUUCCAGAGGGCCUCGGCGUGGAAAGGUUCAGAAACACAGCAAGUAUUUCUCUCCAGGGAGGCAGAGCUCAGCAUGCACAUGGAAGGCUGUUGGAAUUCCUGCUAGAAAGAGAUCCUCUCUGCCCUGGCCUCCACCCAAGUGCUGUGAGGAAGACAGACGCCGCACAGAGCUGGGCGAAGUGCACAUGGUCCUGACACCCUCUCCAGGGCUUGUUGAUCUGCGCCAGGAGGCCUCCUGGGAGCAGUGGGGCUGUGGGUGCCCCACGUCCCCAAGCCCCUGGUGCUAGAAGCAUCAGAGAUGCCAGAAGCAGCCUCCCGGCCCCAAGAAAAGGCCGAGGUCUUACAACAUAGCCAUGUUAUCUGUACAGCGUGCUAGGCAACUGGAGGGGUGCCCUCCCAACCCCGCUGAAGGAAAGGGAGGGAGGAAGGGAGAAACAGAAGUAGCUUGCAGCCAUGCUCCGGCUCUGCACACUGCUCAGUGGGGUGCGGAGACCCAGCUAGCUCUCCAGGAACAUGAAAGCAGUCACCACAUUUGGGUUUGUUUUUGUUUGUUUGUUUGUUUGUUUGUUUGUGACAUGGCAACCAAGGCUGGCCUAGAAUUUGUCAUGUAGCUCAAGCUAAUUCCAAACUCAUGGCUGCCUCAGCCUCCCAAGUUCGGGGAGCAAAGGCAUGGACCACCAUGUCUGGCUACUAUGAUCCUCCCAACCCAGACUGGAGUGUUGGGGAACGAGGCUCGAGACCCACCCCUGCACUGAUCCACCCAGGGCCCUAUGCCUCUGCUGAACGAUCCCAGCUUUGCCCCUGGCUGCAGAGAUCCACUUGGUCCCUGGGCCCAUCCUCUUCUGUGUAGCUCUCUUCCCUCCCUCAUGAUCAGAAUCGAUAUUGAGAACAAGAGUGCCUGAGCUGCUUUAGGAGCCCGCCUUUCCCUCUUGGUCAGGACCCCUGGUGUUGGAUUCAGUAAUAAGCAGCAGUCAUGGCAUGAGGAAGAUCAUGCAGGAUCAGUGGUCAGUGGCCACUGAGAGUUGUAACUUAGAGCUGGAGACUGGAGGCCUUAGGCCGGGUUGGCUAGGAUCAGCAGCCUGAACUGGUAAGGGCCUGGUACCCUUCCCAAAACCAAAAAGAAAUAAGAAAGGAGAGAGAGAGAGAGAGAGAAAGAAAGAAGAAAGAAUGGGAGGGUGAGAGAAAGAGCAAGGAAAGAAAGAAGGAGGGAGGGAAGAAGGAAGGAAGGAAGGCAGGCCCCCAUCACCUUUUAUUCCCUCACUAGCUCGUGUUGAGGUCACUGUCUGUGGGGCAGCCUCUCUGGGGUAUCUGCCCUCCACUCUGCUCUCAUCCCCCUCUUGUUACCCAAGAUGUCCUGCCACAGAAUGAGGCAGGCAGAAGCUACCUGAGUGUGUCUCAAGGCAGCAGAGAUGGCCCAGCAGGCUGUCAGACCCACAGCGCCACUUUCCAUGCAUCCUCCUAGACUACCCCAGGGUCGGAGAAAGUGGGGGCCUUGGAGCCAGCACCCCCGCAGCCAAACUUUUUGGAGAUGGUCUAAUGGUAGAGGAACGAUCAGUCCGUAAUUCCAUGAAGUGUUGCUGCUGCCGCCGCCUCCUCCUCUUCCUCUCCUUUUCUUCCUCUUCCUCCUCUUCCUGCCUGACUUAGCUCUUGUACCUCCCCCUAGAACCUGCCAAGAAAGCCAAGUAGGAAGGAGUCACGGAGGUGAGACUCAAUACGCCAAGCGCUGGCACUUUUCGAAGCUAUUCUGUUAAAAAUAAAUUCAACAGGAGAGAGAGAGAAAUCUUGGAUAAUGAGAUUAGCCAUUAGCCACCCUCGUCAAGGAUCCUAGGAGCUAGGAGCCCCUCCCCCCCACCAUAUACACAUACAUUAUAUCUGGCUAGUGACUUAGGAUGCAACAUCCUAAAAUCCCAUCAUCUUAUUUUCAGAUAACAGUCCUUUUUCUAAGAUAACUUGCUUCCCCACUGAGACCUGAGAAGUCAGAAUCACUCAUACAGGCCCAUGUGGAGGGAACUGGGGUGCCAGCCUCACAGGCUUGAAGGAACUGGGCCUUCCCUUCUCCUGAUGAUGGCAACUGAAGAUGCCCUGUAGGAAAAGAGGAAGAUAGAGGAACUCAGCCCUUAGGAAUCUCUGAGACCCAAACACAGAAUUACAGGAUUUGCAGUUUUGUUUCUUCCACCUGAAAAAAUGCAUACACACACACACACCCCUUCUCCAUUACUCAUGGUUAGAUCUUCCGAAGAAAUAAUGCUUUGCUACAUUCUGGAAAAAACUUUUUUAAAAGGUGAGCCCUAUAAUGCUGGGAAUAAACACCACAGCUCACAUUUUAGGAGGUUCAUUGUGCAGGAAACCCUUUUGGCAACCAUCAUUCCUCAACAGUCUCACCCAAGUCUCAGAGAUCAAACAGCUCCAGACACACAGCUAUGUGGUAACUGGCUGAGUGAAGUGUCUCAGUGUCUGGGCCAUGGCUCUGAGCAGAACCAGUUAUAUAGCAGAGGAAUCUUCACCUCAGACCAACAGAGUCAGAACUUGUGGUCAAAGAGCCCAGAACCUGCAGUUGGGUCAGUCUCCCAAGUGUUUUAGAGGCCUGCUGAGGGUGGACUGGCCAUUGUGGAACAGUGUUGGGAUGGACGCAUUUCUGUCUCCAACACAGUUAAGGGCCUUUGAUGCUCCUUUUGAUGCACAGAACUGGUGGCUCCAGAAGUGACCAUGUGCCCUAAAUUUUCUCACUUGUAUUCAGAAUUGUCCCUUGUUUCUAGAAACAUCUAAGCAUGCAGUGGCAUUUCUGUGGGACUCCCAACUACAAUAGCACAAACGCCUUUUAAUCUCCAAAUCAGGCCAGACAUCCUGACUUUUGUAACCAAGCACAGACAAGCCUUCAUCCGUGACGUAACACUAGAUUAUAUCGAACAUAUUUAAAUCAUCUCCAGUUGGCUUGGGCACAAAUAUGGAGGCCAAAUGUGUUGUACAGGCCUCGUGGAGACCACAAAUCCCCCAGAUGGACUGUUUUUUUGUCCAUAAGCUGGUAUGUUUCUUCCAAAAAUUUGACCUUUAAUAAUGUGGCAUUUGGAAACGGAAAAGGGCAAAAGGAGAGGGGAGUCACUGUGUAUAGAUUCGGAAAGGUUAUAUUUGUUGUCUUUUGCUUCAUUUUACAACUUUGAUCCAGAGAAAGGCUAGCAUUUUCCCUGCGCACUGACUUAGUAAAGCUGAGACAAAGAGCCAUUCACUCUGUGCACAAUGAGGAGGGGAAGAUUAAAGCCCAGCCCCUUGAGUAUGCGUCCAGCAGCCAGAGAAAGCUCGUCCAGACCUUCCUACCAGCAUGCUGCCGCUGUACUUUGUUUCAGGGACCUUGAAGUCAUGCCCUUUCUCCUCCCUUAACUUCCCAAGUCCUCCGGGCUGCCCCAUCUGUUCCUAAACCUGCAGUUAGCUCUGGAGUAACAAGUCUUCACUCACGUCACAAAUCAGCAACAAGCCACGAAGGGAACACCCCAGGAGCGAGAUGGUGAGGGAGCUCCCCGUGAAGCUUGCAGUAGCUGCUCAGCCUGAGCUCAGGGCACGCUUAAGGUUGGCUCUGCUAAAAAUUACAAAAUUAAUAGUGCCAGAGUUAAGAUUGGAGGAAAAUGAGUACACUGUUUUACUAAGCCUAUCAAUGUAAGAAAGUCAUUUGCCUAGAAUCAACCCAACAAAGAGAUUAGGACAACGACAAACUAGAGAAACACUAAAAAGUAAAUAAAUAGCCAUCAGUAGUUUUUUUAAUCCCCAAAGACCUCUUGUGAACUGAAUUUGGGUAAGAAGGGAGGCACGCAGAGUUGACUAGGGAAAAAAGGGCCCCAGGUGAGUUUGCUCCCGGAGCCCAUAUGAAGGCAAGGGACAAGGGAGUGCAGACUGGGAGCCAGGAGAGCUUCAAGAUCAACACGGCCUGGGACGUUGCAGACUGCUCUGGGAUCAUACCAGUGGGGCUUGAACAGCGAAGGCCCAAGACCCAGGAAAGAAAGCAGUGUGAGGCACAUUGACUGUACCCCACAACCAGACACAGCAGAACUUUCCAAACAGCACCCAGCACCAACUACCCGACAGGCACAGCGUGCCCUCCCCGUGCCAACAGCAGGCCAGUCUUGGGUCCUUUAUUCAGCGUAUUCAAGCAGCUUGUGUGUUUAGAACUGGGUUAGUCGUGGCCUGGCUAGUUAGGCCAGCCUUGCACUUGCAAGUGUUAACUGAAUUAGCCCAUUCACUGCCCAAGUCUCUCUCACACAGAUGGCCCUUCUCUUUCUUCCUCCCAGAGCCAAGCUGGCCGCGUACUGACUAUGCUGACCAGUGUCUAAAGCUGUCCUAGACCCCCGAGUAGUAGCCACUGUUUAAAUUAAAGAGCUCAGUCUAAUAUUUAGACUCCAAUCAGAGGCGGCACUUUUUGGAGAAAGGAGCUUGAUUGGAGACAAACUGGAAGGUUGGGUGACAAGCAAGCCAAACUGGUGCAUUUAUCAAGGGCAGCGCAUAAAGGGUACAGAGGGUCCCUUGUGCUGCCGCAGACAAAACACGCAGCCCGAACUGAUGAGAUGUGCAUACUCAGGCCUCAGAUCGAAGUGGAGCGUCUCUGCAGGAGAAAACCCUCCAAAGCCUUUCACUGAGUCCAAAGCAGAGGUCAACAUUUCUUUGCCCUUCUACUAACACUUGGGUCUGUUUGGCUUUGGAAUAUCAGAAACAAGGGCCACAGCCCCCUGAGGAAUCUCAGGGGAGAAAACUCAAGUGAGUUAAAGUUAAAUCCACGACUUACCUAGCACAUGGCACUAACCUAACCCACACAAGCAGCGCCCACACGGGGGACGCGCCCAGCUUCUCUCCACGUUUCUGCAAUCAGGCAGGGUGGGAGAUGGGCCUGGGAGCCAGCUCUGAGCAGAGGAACUGGAUCCAGCUAAGAGCAUGGACCAAACUAAGCAGUGGCCUCAGCAACUGGCAAGAUCCAAAGAGCAGAAUUCAGACUUUUACACAGGGAGUCACAACUCAGUGUGGAGAGAGAAGGUGAUCUCCAGCCAUGUCAAAUGGGCAUCUCCAUUUAUGAACAGUGGGGAGGGGAGAGGAGCAAGCCUCUUUGGGUAGAAAUACCUGAAAUGGGAAUGGGAGGAAGAGAUGGACGCUGAGGCUGGUGCUUUACUCAAGGGCUUGCCGUGGCCCGCAGGCUCCCAUCACAAUGCACAGAGAUGACAUCAAAGCCAUACAUACAAUGAACAAGUCACCAAGCCAGGAUUUCACUCUCCUACAGAUGAGCAAUAUGUGAAACUCAAGUCUAACGAUAAGAAUGUAGACUUCAAAUGCUUCUAAUCAACUUAGCUACUAGUCAAGAGGAAACCAUUUGGGGAUUGUUAUCAAUUGUAAGUGGUGCCCACCUUUCAGGUUAGGGCACACUGUACCCUAAACUCAAAAGAGAUCUGUAAUGUCUGCCGCUAAGCCCAUAGCACGCAUAUCCAAGGAUAUCAGCACCAUCAGGGGUUUCCUAAGGGCCAUUUGAAUGCAACUGUGCUUGGAAAACUUGUAUUUGGUGCUUCUGGUCACCACUGUCUCCCAUGCCUACACACAGAGAGAAUUACAUAGUGCAAAUUCAUGUUCAAGGCAACAGAGAUUCAUCAGAGUAGAAUCUAUUUAAUGCUCCAGGGUGAUCCUUAUGGACACUUGAAAAGCCUGUCCUAUAGCUCUGGCAUUAGGUAAUUCCACAGAAAGAAACACCAACAGCCCCAGUUCUCUACCUAUAUUAAUGGUAGCAUGGCUUCUAGAAAAUCAUUGACUGAAUUUUCUUCACUGUGAUGGAAAGACUAUAUGCGUAGCAAAAAAAAAAAAAAUCACUUGUAUAUGAUUCAAUAUUCUUGCAGACAUAACAUUCCAAGCCAUUUCCUUAUAUGCAAAACAGGUUUUCUAAAAAGCAGGAAGACAUUGGCAAUAUUCCUAAGUAUUUUCUGCAGAUGCUACUAGUAUUUUGUUCCUGUGUUGUGAUUUAGAUUUUAAUUUGUCGCUACAGCAUGUUUCUGUAAUUGUUUGUAUAAGUCAUUUGUGUUUGGCCUUUUUCUUGUAGAAAAAAAUAAAAUGUUUUGAAUUUUGA